AUGAAAAAAAUUAUCAACCUUUUUAUACAAAUACCUAUAAUCCUAUGCAGCCAAAAAAGUUUGACACAAUUUUAUUGCAAUCCUAGUUCUACAGAAAAUUGGAUGGUUAAAGGCAAUAGUUGUGGAUCAACUUUUGGCGAGACUACUGAAGGAGUUCUUCAAUUAUGUCAUGCACCAAAUUGCACUCUUCGAUCUCAAUUUUAUAUAGUGCAACCUUACAGUACAAUUUAUUUAAAAAUCAAAAUGGAAAUAAAAGGUUGUUCUUCAUCGAGCUGUAAACAAACCACUUUAGUAAUUUACACAGCAAUGAGUUGCAAUGAUGUGGCAGAACUAAAAAACUAUUUUUUGAUACCACCCGAACCUUUGCCAGCUAGUUCACAAUUAUUUCAAACAUCAGAAUUCAUUAUUGAAGUAAAAGAUUUUAACAAACCUGGAGGAAUAUUUAUAGAUUUUCAAGCAGAUGGAUUCUGCGGGGAAAUUAAAAGUUUUGAUCUGUUUUACUUUGAAUGUUCUAAUACACAAAUAGAGUUAGCAAAAUUUCCACUAAAACCAGCUCCUAAUACUAAAGUAGCACAAUUGGUUGUAAAUGGAAGUUGCAUAGAAAACGCAAUAAAUGAACUUGGCGCAUCAACACCCAUUAUGAUAUGUUUAUCUAAUGGAAACUACACUGUAAACAGUAGCUGUGUUUGUGACAAAGGUUUUGAAAAGAUUAAUGAGACUUGUAAAGAAUGUUCUGAAUCCACAUAUAAGCCAGUUUCUGGCAAUUCAAAGUGCAUUAGCUGUGGAGAAAAUUCCAUAAGUAUCUCCACCACUUGCUUGUGCAAUGAGAACUUCUACAGACCUGAUAAAGAUAAAGAAUAUGGUAAUGUUAGCUGUUAUGCUCCCCCUUCUAAUGUAAUAGACAUCAUUGUUUAUAACGCAACUGCAAGUUCAGUGACUUUAAGUUGGAAAGAAGGUGAUCCUGGUUCAAACAAGUAUGGUAAAUUUAUUAUUAAUAUUGUAAACAUAAAUAAAACAAUAGAAACAUACUCCACCAUCGUUAAUAUAAAUGGAUUAGAAGCAUACACAGAGUACAAAGCAAAAAUCUAUAAAGUAAACAAUAUAACACAUCUAAUUGGUGUAAAAAAUCAUCAAAUCAAAUCAUUUAUGACUUUACCAGGAGCUCCUGGAGCAAUUACAAACCUUUUGGAAAGAACUGACCCAAAUGGAGUAGUUACUUUGGAAUGGAAACCACCUCUUGUUGUUGGUAGCGAUGACUUACGUUAUGAAGUUGCAUAUGGUAGUAAUGUGUUCAUAAUAAAGGAACACAGUUUUAGAAUGCAAAACCCACGAUUUUCAUCAACAACCCAAACUGUAAAGAUCACUGCAGUUUCGUAUCUGCACAACCUACUAUUUCAAAGAAGUCAAACAUCCAUAUCAGUAGAUGUAUUUUUAAAAGGAGGAAAAAAUGACCAAUACAUGAUUCUGAGUGGAUCUGCUGGUGGCAUAAUUUUCAUUUUGAUAAUCUUGUUGAUUUUAUUUAUCUAUUGGCGAAAAAGACAUCCAACUCAUUUAUAUAUCACUAGAAGUGAAGAUGGAGCAAUCCAACUCAAAAAAUUUCACUUCUACAAUACUGGAAAAACAUAUGUUGAUCCAACCACUUGCAUUGACUUAGACAAAGCUGUUUACAAUUUCACAAUGGAACUUAACCAAAGUGAUCUUCAUUUGGGUGAAUUACUAGGGAGUGGUGAAUAUGGAGAUGUAUUCUUGGGACAUCUUUGCAAAAGCAAUGAAACAAAACUUGUUGCUGUCAAAAUUCUGAAACCUAAUUCUGAAAAACGUGCAAGAGAUGACUUUUUAAGUGAAGCUGCAAUUUUGGGACAAUUUGUUGAUCCUAAUGUAAUUAAACUUGAAGGAAUCAUUCUCAAAAGUGACUCAAAUAUGAUUGUGUUAGAGUUCAUGCCAAAUGGGUCACUAGAUGCUUAUUUACAAAAGCAUGAAUUAGAAUUUUCAGCUGCUCAGCUAUUAGGAAUGUCACGUGGCAUUGCAUCUGGAAUGAAAUAUCUAUCUGAACUUGGAUAUAUACAUAGGGACCUUGCUGCAAGAAAUAUUUUAGUUGAUAAACAUAACACAUGCAAAAUAUCUGACUUUGGCAUGAGCAGAGUACUUACAAAUGACAUUUACGAUACAAGGGGAGGCAAAAUUCCAAUUAGAUGGACUGCACCAGAAGCUAUUCAGUUUAAAAAGUUCACAACAGCAUCUGAUGUUUGGUCAUUUGGAAUAUUAUUGUGGGAGAUCAUGUCUUAUGGGGAACGACCAUAUUGGGAUUGGAGUAAUUUUGAGGUAAUGGAUCGUAUAACUUCUGGUUAUAGAUUACCUCCACCGAUGCAUUGCCCAAAAGCCAUCCAUGAUCUCAUGUUGAUAUGUUGGGAUAAAGAUCGUGUGAAACGACCAAAGUUUUCAACUAUUUACAAUCAAAUAGAAGAGUUAAUAAAAAAGCCACGAUUACUUUUUGGAAUUGUUUCUACUAUAACAAAAUCGGAUGAAAACCUUGAUUACUCUGUUUUGGACUCUAUUGAAAAUUGGUUAGAAGCAAUAAAAAUGGAGCAGUAUACAAGACUAUUCACAGAUGUUGGGUUGACAAUGCCUAAACAAAUUUUGAAUUUGAAUCUGGAAAAUUUAGUAGACUUGGGAAUAAAACCUAUUGGACACUGUAAUAAAAUCUUGAAAGCUAUAAAAAAUACUAAACAACAGAUUGAGAAUGUUGGCCCAAAAUCUGAAUCACAAAAAAAACAAUGUGAAACAUCUUUCUCAAUACAUUCUUUUCGCAGUCCCAGAUCAAUACGCUCAUUAUCAAGUAAAAGGUCAAAUUCAGCUAAAGAAGAGGAAAUACUGAAUCUACAUGAAAAAUCAUAAAGAAGCUUUAUAUCAGAGUUGUUAUCUGUCUAAUUUUUUUUUUAUAUA